AUGGCAUGGCACUACAUCCUCCAAGCCUUAGCAGCGUGCUGUAUUCUCAAAUCCGCUCAAUGGCUCUAUCGCCUGACCUUGCACCCACUCGCCCACGUUCCCGGACCAAAACUCGCGGCCAUGACCAGCUUGUAUGCCAUGUCGUGGGAUAUGCCGGCGGAGACGUCCUAUGUCAAGAAUUUCGGAGCGUGGCACAAGAAGUACGGACCCGUGAUCCGGAUCGAGCCCAAUCACGUUCAUAUUCUGGACCUGGAUGCAUAUAACAAAGUCUUCAGGAUCGGCACCAAGUUCGACCGUGACCCUGUGAUCUACAGCUUCCACUUUACCGCAGGUGGCUUCUUCAACAAACUCCGCGUCAAGGAUGCAAAACCACAUCGCGACCUCUACAUGAGCUACUUCUCUCGGGGCGCAGUACAAUCUCUUGAGCCUCGAAUUCGCGAGCAUCUGACCACGUUUCUCACCCAGAUCGACAGGAUGAGCAGCGAGGGAAAGGCAAUCGACCUUACGCGAGGCUUCCGCUGUCUGUCAGCCGACACGCUUAUGCGCUACUCCUAUGAUAGGCCAUUCGGCGCCACGACCUCCCCGGACUUCGUUUUUCCCCUCCUGGAAGCCAUCGAGUCAAUGUUCCGCAACUCGCCCAUUGGCUGGUACUUCCCCAACAUCAUGUUCUAUGUCACGCGAUGGGUCAAAGCCGCUCCUCGCUCCUGGACCCGCUUCGAUCCCGGUAUUGCCGCAUCUCUGCAGAUCCUAGACGGCUGCCUCGAACGCAUCGUGCAGCUUCGAAACGACCCCAAGAAGCAGGACGUCCCAUCCGUCUUUAGAACAGCGAUGCACCCGAACCCCGAAAAGGGCCAUCCAGUCCUCUCAGACGCCGACAUGUCCUCCGAUGCGCUGACAAUCUUCGUCGCCGGCACCGACACAACCGCACACACGCUCACAAACGGCACCUAUCAGAUUCUGCGAAAAUCCACCGUCCUUAAGAAGCUCCAAACCGAGCUUCGCGCCGCCAUGCCCUCCAUCAACAGCCUAAGCGACACCCCACUCGACUGGACCGCCCUCGAAUCGCUCCCCUACCUCCGCGCCGUCAUCAAGGAAUGCCUCCGCAUCUCCUCCCCCGUCCCCACAAAACUUCCCCGCAUGGUCCCCGCAGGCGGCGCUGAACUAGCAGGCAUGUUCCUUCCCAGCGGCACCGCCGUCAGCAUGACCAUGCAUGCGUACCAUUCCAAUCCAGACUACUUUCCCGAACCAGGAAAGUUCAAGCCGGAGCGGUGGCUCGAUGACAGUGCGAACAAGGAGGGUUCCGUGCAGGACAAGGCGUUUGCGCCGUUCAGUCGGGGGAGUAGAAAUUGCAUUGGGCAAAAUUUGGGGCUGGCGGAGCUAUAUUUUGGCUUUGCGUAUCUUUUUCGGAAUUUUGAGUUGGAGCUGUUCGAGACUGGGGAGAAAGAAAUGCACUGGAAGGAUCUGUUCACUGCGGUCACGGAUGGGCAUUUGAAGGUGAAGGCCAGGCGAGUCAAGGACUAG